AUGGCAGAUUCACAAGGGGACAACUCGUCUGGAACCAAGCAAACACCACUCGACCCUCAUCAACAAGGUCCUACACAUAAUAUCCUCGACGAGAUCGGGAACACACCUCAGGCGGGUCUCGGUGGCAACACGGAAGCUCAAGAAGAGCAGCUCAAGGACAAGGUCGACGGCGCGAUAAAAAGCGGUCCCAAGGUGGCCGACGAGCAUACGGGUGGUAGAGUACAAGUAGGUGAGACGGGCGACUUGCACGAUCUUGCUGCGCGAAGGAACAGCGUUAAGAGGGAGUGA